UUCUUUUGAGGAAAAUAAGAUCUAUAGUUUUCCCUGUGUUUCCACUAGCUUUACAAACCAUGUGUAAAAGCAGAUCCUUAAAAGUAGGCUGAAUAUGUUUUGGUUGGCUUUCACAUUCAAGAUGCCAAUCUUGUGCCCUGUAAGGAAGGAAUAAAGCUGAGAUGUAACAAAGGAUCAAAGGAAAGUAUAGCACUUUGAGCACCUUGGGACAGCUAGUUUCUUCUUGCUUCAUAACUGCAUCCUAGUUGGAGAACAAAUACCUUUCUGUUCUUCUGCCUUCACCACUUUAUUCACUGAUGAGUAAUAAAAGGGGGUCACCGCUUGCAGCUCACAACUCCAUUGUAAACAGGUAAUCUUCCUUCAACAGCUCUCUCAGCUGACACAAAUCUGAGAGCGUGCUACAAUGGCUAAGAUAGGAGCUGCUAUUUUGGUCUGCAUAGUGGUUUUGGCCCUGGAUGUAACUGCUGGCAUACUAGGGAUUGAGGCGCAGGCUGCUCAGAACAAGGUUAAAAAGGUGACAAUUCUCUUCAUUGAAUGUGAGAAACCAUCAUACAAAGCAUACCAGCUUGGCCUCGCUGCUGCAGUUCUCCUGGUAGUUGCCCACUCAAUCGCCAACUUCCUUGGUGGCUGUGCCUGCAUCUGCUCCCAGCUUGAGUUCAUCCGGGCAUCCAUUAACAGGAAACUGGCAGCUACUACCAUAGUUCUCUCAUGGAUUGCCCUGAUUGCCGGAUUCUCGCUGCUGCUCGCCGGUGCCAUGUCCAACUCCAAGUCCAAGACAUCAUGCGGGUUCACGCACGGACACACCCUAGCCCUCGGCGGGAUCAUGUGCUUCGUCCAUGGCGGGAUCACCGUCGCCUACUAUGUCACCGCCACCGCUGCUGCCCACGAGGGUUAGCUAGCGGCUGAGAGUUGAUCGGGGUGCUCAGCGCAAUGCUUUUGGCCUGGAGAUCAUCAUUAUUAUUUCCUUAUUUUCGUUUCUGUUUGUGAUUUGGCAGUUUCAGAACAUACACUUGUCUUUGUACCGGAGUUAAAGGAAAAUAUAUGCUUGUGAUUUGAUUUGUUUUCAUAGUGACAUCAAUGUAUGUUGUAUGUUAAAAAAAA